GCGACAGAAAUCGAUCUAUUUUACUCGCGCACGAGAGUCAAAGUAAAUUUUCAACAUGAGAGUUCUGAUCUGCCUGGUGCUGAUUUCGGCGGCGUUCGCGACCGAAGAGAAGACGGUCAAGAAGCGCGGUUUGUAUGGUUCUCUCGGAGACUACGGCAGUUACGGCGGUUACGGUGGUUAUGGCAGUUAUGGCGGUUAUGGAGGUUACAGCAGUUACGGUGGUGGCCAUGCGGCGGUCGCUAUCGUAGAGAAGCCCACUCUCGCAAUCGCGGUCCAGGAGAAGCACGUCCCUGUUCCCGUCGCGGUCCCGCAUCCAGUUCCAGUUGACCGUCCCUAUCCUGUUAAGGUCCCAGUUGCUGUUCCGCACCCGGUUCCGGUAGCCGUCCCGGUGCCACAGCCUUAUCCAGUGGUCCACACCAAGACGGUCGCGGUUCCCGUAGAGAAGCCAGUGCCAGUCCCGGUUCCGGUUAAAGUGACAGUUCCCGCCCCGUACCCCGUACCCGUCAAUGUGGCGGUCCCUCACGCAGUGCCAGUCGCGGUUCCACACCCAGUUCCAGUCGCGGUCCCGCAUCCUGUCGUCGUCAAAGAAACGGUUCCCGUUUAUGUUAAGGCUCACGGUCACUAUUAGAUGAAUUAUUUCUUCACACAAUGAAAAUGCCCAUAUCACCUCCCCCUCUCCCCCCCCCCAGCUCCGUCCUGACACUUUCAUUCCCGUCUUAAAAAAUCUAAAUCUCGUUCACGACGAACGUGCUCGAUUGAAACAAAUUUUUUUUUUCGUCGUGUAGUACUUUUUGAAUUAACGAAAUAAAUCACUUUUGUAAAUGUUUU